AUGUCCGACCCCGCCGUAGAAAAGGAGCCGGGUCCGGCCACCGAGCAACCCGCCGCCGGUGCCCCUGCGGGCGAGAAGAGGAAGAGAGAGUACAAGGACUUUGGCCAUGAAGAGGAGAAAGCUACCCAUGCCAAGGUCGACAUGUCCCAGAUCGAACUCAAGGCCGAGGAUCUCUACGACAAGGAGAAGGUCGAUCUCGAGACGAUUGUUAUAGACGACGUCUUCAAGCUGCUUCAGUGCAAUGAUAAUGGUCUUACGGAUGAGGAGGCUGCUCGCCGUCUUGGUAUUUUCGGUCCCAACAAGCUCGAGAGCGAGGAACAGAAUCCCUUCCUCCAGUUCUUGAGCUUCAUGUGGAACCCGCUCUCUUGGGUCAUGGAGGCCGCUGCUCUUGUCGCCAUUGCUCUGUCCAACGGCGAGCACCGCCCUCCGGAUUGGUACGAUUUCGUCGGUAUCGUCCUCCUACUCUUCAUCAACUCGGCCAUCGGUUUCUACGAGGAGCGGAACGCUGGUAACGCGGUCAAGGCGCUCAUGGACUCGCUCGCCCCGAAGGCCAAGGUCAAGCGCUCGGACAAGUGGAGGGAAAUCGAAUCCUCCGACCUCGUCCCCGGUGACAUGAUCUCGUUCAAGAUUGGUGAUAUCGUUCCCGCCGACUGCCGUCUGACCGAGGCCAUCAACGUCUCGAUCGACCAGGCUGCUCUCACGGGCGAGUCUCUUCCCCAGAGCAAGAAGCUCGGUGACCAGUGCUUCUCUGGUUCCACUUGCAAGCAGGGUGAAGCCGAGGGUGUCGUCAUUUCCACCGGUCCCAACACGUUCUUCGGUCGCGCGGCGUCGCUCGUCGGUCAGGACGACGACACUACCGGUCACUUGCAGAAGAUUUUGGCCCAGAUCGGCUCGUUCUGCCUGAUCUCGAUCGGCCUUUUCGUUUUGCUCGAGAUCGUCAUCUUGUACCCGGCGUUCCACUAUACCUAUCGUCGCGGUCUCGACAACAUCCUUGUGCUCUUGAUCGGUGGUAUCCCCAUCGCCAUGCCCACCGUGCUGUCCGUCACGCUCGCUGUCGGUGCCCAGCAGCUCGCAAAGCACAAGGCCAUCGUCACCCGUAUCACCGCCAUUGAGGAAUUGGCCGGCGUCACCAUCUUGUGCUCUGACAAGACCGGUACUUUGACCACGAACAAGCUUACCAUCGACCGUGGCACGAUUAAGACAUACGGCCCCUUCUCUCCCGAGGACGUUAUCCUCCUUGCCGCUUACGCCUCGCGUACGGAGAACCAGGACGCCAUCGACCAGUGUGUUGUCAACGCCAUUGGCGACACGUCUCGCGCCCGCGCCGGUAUCAAGCUUUUGGACUUCAAGCCGUUCAACCCCGUCGACAAGCGUACCGAGAUUACCUACCGUGAAGAGGCCACCGGCAAGCUCAAGCGCGUCACCAAGGGUAUGACGGGUAUCAUCAUCGAGCUGUGCACGCGCAACAAGACCGAUGAGAUCGAGAACCGCCUUGAGGCUGACGUUGAGGAGUUCGCCACCCGUGGUCUUCGUGCGCUCGCUGUUGCCUACGAGGAACUUGACGGUCAGGACCCCGAGGGUGAGGGCAACGGCUUCGAGCUUAUCGGCCUGCUCGCAAUCUUCGACCCCCCUCGUGACGACACCAAGCAGACCAUCGACGAUGCGCUCGCCCUCGGCGUCAAGGUCAAGAUGGUUACCGGUGACCAGCUCGCGAUCGCGAAGGAGACCGGUCGUCGCCUCGGUCUCGGCGACCACAUGUACCCCGCGAAGGUGCUUAAGGAGGGUCCCGCCCCCGGUGGCAAGCACGCUUCUCUUGAUGAGAUGAUCAUGGACGCCGAUGGUUUCGCCGGUGUUUUCCCCGAGCACAAGUACGAGAUCGUCAAGCGUCUCCAGGGUCUCGGUCAUCUCUGCGCCAUGACUGGUGACGGUGCCAACGACGCCCCCGCCCUGUCUCGUGCCAACGUUGGUAUUGCUGUCGAGGGUGCCACUGAUGCUGCUCGCGGUGCCGCCGACAUCGUGCUCACCGAACCUGGUCUCUCCACCAUCGUGCACGCCAUUCGCGGUUCGCGUAUCAUCUUCCAGCGUAUGAGGAACUACUCCAUCUACGCUUGCGCCGUCACUAUCCGUAUCGUCGUUUGCUUCGCCAUCCUCGCGUUUGCCUACAAGUUCGACUUCCCGCCGUUCAUGAUCCUUAUCAUCGCUCUCCUCAACGACGGCACCAUCAUGACCCUCUCUGUUGACCGUGUGCUCCCGUCCAUGACGCCGGAUAGCUGGGACCUUGGCGAAAUCUUUGCCUACGCUGUCGCGUACGGUCUCUGGCUCACGCUGUCCACGAUUGCCCUUGUUAUCAUCAUCAUCGAGACGACCUUCUUCCAGGACAAGUUCGGCGUUACCCUCGAGAACACGGGCACCGUUGACCACAACGACCGCGAGCUCCACAUGAUCGUUUACCUCCAGGUCGCCAUCAUCUCGCAGGCCCUCAUCUUUGUCACCCGCUCGCACAGCUUCUUCUUCAUGGAGCGCCCGUCGUUCGCCCUCAUGGGUGCGUUCGGUAUCGCGCAGUUGAUCUCGUCCAUCAUCGCCGUCUACGCCAACUGGGGUUUCACCAAGGUCCACGGCAUUUCUGGUGGAUGGGUGGGUAUCGUCUGGAUCUGGGACAUCAUCUGGUUCCUGCCUCUCGACCUCAUCAAGUUCGCUAUGCGCGCCACCAUCAUCAAGUGGCUCCGUGCCCGCCACGAGCGCGCCAUGUCGGCCGAAGUCAAGGCUUCGUCUUCCGGCGUCCCCAUGACCCGCACUCAGUCCCGCGCCGCCUCCGUCCACGAAUCCCUGUACUCGAACCGUGUCGGUUUCCUCCGUCGUGCCGCCCGCAAGGUCGGUUUCGGCAACAGGAUCAAAAUGCGCCCCGAGGAACUGCAGCGCUUCAGCUCCAUCCAGGCCCAGCAGACUGGUGCCGUUCUCGCGCGUCACCCCAGCCGUCCGCAAGCAACAGCAUAG